AUGAGUAGAAGAUCGAAGCAACCGUACGGGAAUACAACGAAUGUGGCAAAAAUACUGACCGACCGGUUGCACUGGGAUGCGGAACACGUCCUCCGGAACCGGCUCCGGACGGCGCCACAGUUCGUGGAUAGCAUCGAGCUGGAGGCGGAGCUGCAGGGCCACAAUGGGUGCGUGAAUUGCCUGCAGUGGAGUGAUAACGGGCGCAUCCUGGCGUCGGCCUCGGACGAUUUCCAUGUCAUGCUGUGGGAUCCGUUCCGGCACAAAUUGCUCCACGAUCUGCAGACGCCGCAUGAUGGGAACAUUUUCUCCGUAAAGUUCCUACCGAAUCGAGGUAACUCUCUGCUGGCCACCGGUGCCGGGGAUUGCAAGAUGUUCGUGUUUGACGUGAACCGCCAGAAUGACCACCCGAUUCGGAAGUGCACGUGCCACACGCAUCGCGUCAAACGGUUGGCCACUUCGCCACGCCACUCGCACGUCUUCUGGUCGGCGGCCGAGGAUGGUGUGGUGCUGCAGCACGACAUGCGCCAGCACCACGUGUGCCAGGGACAGGAUGCGAACGUGCUGAUCGACCUGCGGAACCACGUCUACAUCAUGCCGGAGGUGAAGUGCAUCGCCGUGAAUCCUUUGCGCCCCGAACAGCUCGCUAUCGGGGCCAACGAUAUCUACACGCGCCUGUACGACCGUCGCAUGAUUUCGCUGGGCAAGCUCGGAGCGAACGUGGAUGUGAUCAACGAUACCGCUACGCUGACGAACGUGACGGACAGCAUCCCGAAGGAUGGCUGCGUGAAGUACUUUUGCCCGGGGCAUCUGGGAAACAAGCACAGGAGCAUCACCGGCACGUUCCACAACAAAACGGUUACUUACCUCACGUUCAGCCCGGACGGUACGGAGCUGCUUACGAACAUGGGUUCGGAUCACAUAUAUCUGUACGAUAUCAAUCGUCCUGCCAAUCCGCUGUUCCUGGAGCUACCGAAGCUCCCCAUCCCGGACGACGGCAGUGCAAACGAGAGCGGUUGUGGUGAGGGCGGUAUCCCUGCAGGUGUUGGGGCCCCCAGCGUGGAGAAAACGAAACACAAGUUCCCGCCGGAUGUGGAGCAGCUAAAGAAGGAGGGCAACGCGUUCCUGGAGAAAGAUCUGUUUCUGCAAGCGAUCAACAAGUACACGCUGGCGAUCCAGAAAACCAACAGCAAGGACUGCGCCGUACUUUACCUCAACCGGGCAACGGCCCUGAUGAAACGCAACUGGUUUGGCGACGUGUACGCUGCUAUCCGCGAUUGCCACACGGCGCUGCGAUUGGAUCCACACUACGUGAAGGCGCAUUUCCGUCUGGCACGUGCCCUGCUCAAGCUGGACCAGCUGAAGGAGGCCCAGAUAUGCCUGGAGGAGCUGAUUCGACGAUUUCCCUCGUAUGCCAAGAACCCGGGUGUGCUAAUGCUGGAAAAAGACAUCGGGCUCGAGCUGGACAAGCGGCUUCGAUCAAGCUAUGGCCGGCACUCUGAGGGCGACAAUGAGGUGUUUUCGGACAAUGAAAAGCACUGGCGUUCGAUGGCGAUGGAUUACAGCCAACGCUACAUUGGCCACUGGAACACGAAGACGGACAUCAAAGAGGCGAAUUAUUUCGGUGACGCGAACUACAUCGUGGCCGGCUCGGACGAUGGCAACUUCUACAUCUGGAACCGGCACACUGGAAUCAUCCAUUCGGCCUACCGCGCAGACGAAAUGAUCGUUAAUUGCGUCCAGCCGCAUCCGUACGUCUGUCUCGUGGCAACAAGCGGUAUCGACCACGAGGUGCGCCUGUGGACGCCAGAGUCGCUGGCAACACCCCGCGAACAGAGAACGUCGCAUCGGCUGAAAUCUCUGCACUCCCUCGUCCAGGACAAUCAGGCGCGCAUACAGCUGGAUCCGUUCGAUUCGAUCCCACCGAAUCAGGCAAUAUGUCGUGCCAGUUAGCUUCUGGUGCAACUGAUCGGCAGUAUAAUACAUGUGAUUAAAGCUAGCAUUAACAAAUUAUUCGCAAAAGUGCGGCUCCCAUAGCCGUGUGCCACCCUUCUUCCUUUAUCCACAAUAUGGGAAACCUAAAACACUCGAAAGGAUCGAAAAACUCAGAAGAAGAAAUUAACGGUACGUCGAACGGAGUUAGUUCGUCCGACUGACGAUUUCAACACAUCUUCCACCCAGAUUGCGCGGUGAAACGGAAGUCCUGACACGUGAGCCUAUGUGCCGGGAUGCGCCUAUCUUAUGCGCGAUCCGGAUUCCGGUGCGUCCAGCCCGGUGCAUCUGGCAGCUCCGGUGGCGAUUAGAAUUGUGAAUUGUAGAAUUAAGAAUCUGUGCUGCGUUCCCCUAGAAUGGGCCACCACGAAUCGAGCGAAUUUAGUUACAAAAUUACCUUUCACUUAGACGGCACGCAGGCUAGUGCUAAUCUUUCGGGACAUUUAAGAGUGAAAUUAUGGCCGAAGAAAAAAACGAACUCUGAAAUGCGAUACUAUUCGAUAUGUACCCUUAGGAUUCACUUGUGUUUCUUUUUUUUUUUUUGCUACGAGUUCGACUUAUUUCGAGAAUUCACCUAUUACGAGGACUUCUUUGCACAAAACCUAAGAAGCUUAGGGAUCAUACUCUUUUUCUUCAUUCAAGCGCAAAGAAGAACUUUUAUUUAUAAUCCACCUGUUGACCCGGCUAAGGAAUUAGUUUGUCGGUGAGAAACAAAAUUUUGUAUAUGUUUG